UCUGGUGUCAGACUCCUCCUGAUUCUCUCUCUCUCUCUCUCUCUCUCUCUCUCUCUCUCUCUCUCUCUCUCUCUCUCUCUCUCUCUCUCUCUCUCAUUUUUGGCUUUAUUGUUUGCAAGAAGUUACCAUCCUUCUUUAUCACCUCUCUCUUUCAUACUUUUUCUUUUCUUCUCUCUCUCCUUUAUUCCCUUUGAACUCACCCCUAAAAAGAAGACGAUCCUCCCACGAUCCUCAUUGUGUUCACAAACAACAGACUCUUCCUUUCUCUCUCUCUCUCUAUCCUUUGGAAAGAAGCCAAACACUGUCUUUUAGGUGCCCUUGUUUGUUCCCACAAUAUCCCCUGUUUUGUUAACUUAUAUUAUUAUUAUUUUGGGUUUUCAUGUUUUUCUUUCACAUGAAACAUUAGUACCAUUACUACCACCACCACGAUCAUCAUCAAUAAUCUCUGAAACAACAGUGUUUUGAUCAUUAUAUAAUUAAUCUUUAUCCAUAUAAAUAUUAAUUGUGGGAGUAUAUAGGAGUGUUUAUAAUAAUUAUUAAGAGAGAUUAAUUGUACUAGCUAAUUAAUAAUCAUGAUGGCAUCGCCUUCGGAGCUCUCGUUGGAAUGUAAGCCAGCUCACAGCUAUUCAAUGCUCCUAAAAUCAUUCGGAGAACACCAACACCAACAACAUCAUCAUCUUCAGCAACAGCAACAGCAACAGCAACAGCACCAGGUACCUCAGCACGAUCACACCCACAAACUUGAAGACUAUCUUAAUCGCCUAGAGGAAGAACGUCUCAAAAUCGAUGCCUUCAAGCGCGAGCUCCCGCUUUGCAUGCAACUUCUCACCAAUGCUGUGGAAGCUUCAAGGCAACAACUACAAACGUAUAGAGCAAACCAAGGGCCAAUAAGGCCAGUUCUAGAAGAAUUCAUACCAUUAAAGACUUCAAGCUCUGAAGGCUCAGCAGAUCAAAAAAUCACAAACGCACCUGAUAAUAAGGCGAAUUGGAUGACGUCAGCCCAACUAUGGAGCCAAACUAGUAGUAACGAUGGAAGCAAGCCACAACCCACAAACAACAUCAACAACAGCACUAAUAAUAAUAGUGUAACUACAAAAGAAGGUGAUAUUAGCUUCAACGUAGUGAGCAGUAGUCCAAAGCUGGCUCUAGAUAACAAGUUGUCUCAGAGGCUUAAUGGCCCAGCUGGUGCUUUUCUUCCGUUCUCCAAAGACAAUAUUAACAGCCGUACAAACAACCAGAGUUUUAGGCCGCUGCCUGAGCUCGCUCUUUCUGCUUCCGUGGCGGAUCAGAAAGACAUUAUUGUUGGGGAGGAGAAUCACAAGUGCAGUUCGGAGGCUGAGAGGAGAGAAAACUCAGGCAAUAAUAAUGGAAAUUGUGGCGGAGUGAUUGUUGAAAUGGGGAAAGGAGGAGUGGCUGGAAAUAAUAACUGUAGUAAUAUUAACGGAUCAGAUCAUCAUCAUCAAGGUGUACAAACAAUUAAUACUAAUAAUACUAAUAAUAAUUCCAGCUCUACUUCAAAUAAUAAUCAAGCUCAUCGAAAGGCAAGGAGGUGUUGGUCUCCGGAUUUGCACCGAAGAUUUGUUAAUGCUCUUCAGAUGCUUGGUGGGUCUCAAGUUGCCACUCCAAAACAGAUCAGAGAGCUCAUGAAGGUUGACGGUUUGACCAAUGAUGAAGUUAAAAGCCAUUUGCAGAAAUACAGGCUCCACACCAGAAGACCGAGUCCGAGCCCACAAGCAGCAGGGGCUCCAGCGCCGCAGCUGGUGGUACUAGGAAGCAUCUGGGUCCCACCAGAGUACGCAGCCGCCGCAGCACACAGUGGGGCCCAAACAACCCUCUACAGUUCUCACGCGGCUUCCCACGCGCCGCCGCCUCACUACUGCGCGUCUCCCGUGCCUCAAGACUUCUACGCCUCGCAAGCUCAUCACCAAGCUCAGGCUCAGGCUCAGGCUCAGGCACAGGGGGUGCCUCACCACCAGUUACACCACCAUCACGCGCUCCACCACCAGCUUCAAAUGUACAAGGCCACGUCACAGACGCACAGCUCGCCGGAGACUGACGGCCGAGGGGCUGCUGGCGGUGAUCGGUCGGAGAGCAUCGAAGACGGCAAGUCAGAGAGCAGCAGCUGGAAAGGCGAGAGCGGCGACAAUGGAGGGGAGAGAAAAGGGUUGGCGGCGCUGAGGGAAGAAGGGGAAGAGAGCAAUGGAAGUGAGAUCACUCUCAAGUUCUGAUUUGAGGUAUAGAGUAUAACUAGUGUUAGGAUGAUAAUGGGUCUUGUGUGUUAAUUUCUCAUGAUUGCCCUUUAAUGAUCUAAUUUUAUUCUUGAUAUAUAUAUAUAUUAUUAUUUAGUUAGUUAGUAGAGAUCAUAUGGUACGUAUACCAAAAGAGCAUAACGGCAACUAAGAAUGUCUAUUUGUUUUGUUAUAAAUUCAUCUUUUAUGUCUCAUAAGAUGAUUAUCCUUAUUUGAGGAAAAAUUAUUCAAAAUUUUAAUAUUAUUAUUAUCAUUGAAA